AUGGAUUCGACACAGGAAAGCCCUGCCAUAUGCACCGAGUGGUAUCCUAUCAGGCAGUUUCUAGCUUAUCCAGGAUACGAAUUCGCUCUUAUCAUUCUGAAUCAGCCUAUAAGCGAAGAAGGUUUCUUUAGAGACCUAUGGAGAAUAGCCGAAACACGAGUCGCUGCCGACGGUGGUGCGAAUUGGGUUUACCAACUCAACCAGAAAUCCUUAUCGUCUGAGGGAAGCUCUGCGUCGUUUUCUGGUAAUUAUGUAAAUCUUGAUACAAUAAUCGGCGACCUAGAUUCCAUAUCAGACGAGACCAGAAGAUUCUUUUCCACCAAACCCGCGAAUUGUAACAUAAUUUAUGAGCUCGACGAUUACUGCACCGACUUUGCCAAAGCUGUCAAGCACGUUCGUAAGGAGUUCCCCAAGAGAGACAUCGUAUGCAUGGGAGGGUUGGGAGGUCGUGUGGAUCAGGGCUUGAGCCAACUACAUCACCUAUACCUGUUCCAAACCUCGCCGACCUACGCCGACGGAAGGAUGUAUCUCGUCUCCGGUGAGAGCUUGUCUUUCCUUCUCAAGGCUGGAAAACACCGUAUCCACGUGCGCGAGCCCGAUGCUAUCGUCGGCAACUCCGUUCGCAUAAGCGGCGAGCCCUUCGCUAAGUGGGUAGGCAUCAUCCCUAUCAAGGAAGCCGGCGUCAUCACGACCAGAGGCCUCGAGUGGGAUGUCGAAAACUGGCUCACCGAGUUUGGUGGGCAGAUGAGCACGAGCAAUCAUGUUUUACCAGAGACAAAGGUUGUCGAAAUCGAGACUACGAAGGAUGUGCUUUUUACUAUCGCGCUGAAACAAGAGAAGGCGUAG